CAUCACCAUCACCUACUCUACCUAUAAAAUAACGUACUAUAUCUCGGAGUUCCAAAAGGAAGUCUUCCUCCCAAUAGAAACAAAAAAAGGAAAACCUGAUGGACACCCAAGCCAACACCCCCUUGCUCCUCCCCGCCCCAACCCGCUACCCGCCUCCCUACCUUCUAUUCCUAGACCUCUAUGUCCUAAUCUCUAACCUCCCCUCCUUGCUGGGUAUAAUCCGCCCCGUGCGCACCUCCAACCCGCGCGCGGAGCUCUACCCCUACUCCCUAGGCAACAUCUCCUCCAUGGUCCUGGGCAUAAUCCUCAUCCUCGUUGGUCUCGCCUCCCUGCUGCUAAUCCCUAUAUGGUUACUCGUACCUGGCGGGGUGUGGCUCUGCUGGUUCAUUGGCGUGACGGUAGUGACAUUGGUUUUCUCCAAGUUUCUGAAUGGAUUUGCCGGGGAUGUUGUGGUUAGUAGUGGACAAUACGUGCACGGGGACGCGGAGGCGGAGGACGAGAAGUGGUUUUUUGUGAACGGGAUUAUGACGGGUGAGUUCUGGCUGAAGACUAAUAUUGAAGAGGCUGAGAGGCGGUUUGGGAGGAGGAUUUGGGGUGUGCAUAACCGAAGUUAUGGAUUGGUACUCGACCUACUGCAAUGCCUUAUCCAGCGGGACCUACGCUACAGUUCUACCUGCGUACGCGCUUUAUAUCACAACCUCCGCACCGCGCUGCUGGAACUCGAAUCCGUCCCUCCCUCCCCCUCCUCCUCCGCCUCCAUCCCCGCUUCCAAGCCGAAGCACAAGAAGGUGGUCCUGCUCGCGCACUCUCAAGGAGCGCUCAUCGCGUCGCUGGUGCUGGAUAUGCUCUACGCCGACAUACCCAGGUCCCUGCUCUCCCGCCUGGAAGUCUACACUUUCGGCAACGCAUCGAAUACAUUCAAUAAUCCACUCUACCGGCACGGCGAUACGAACUCCGGUGCGCUGCGGUACCUUGAACACUACGCGAAUCGCGGGGAGUACGUUAGCAGGGUCGGAAUACUGGGAUUCAUGACUAGUGGGGAUGUUACCGAGGUAGCGGAGGGCUGGGGGAACCAGUUUGCUGGUAGGGUCUUGGUUAGGGAGGGGCAGGGACACUUGUUUGUGCAGCAUUACUUGGACGUGUUGUUUCAAGAUGGGUUUGUCGAGGUUGGAGGUGGUAGGGGAGUGGGGAGGUUGUUAGGGUAUAGGGAUGGCAGGGUGGUGGAGUGAGAUUGUGGGGUAUCGUGUUGAGAGAGGGGUGGGGCUGUGAUUAUUGAUUUUUUUCCUCCCUUGUGUACGAGUAGGUUAUAGAAUGGGGAAUAGGAACU